AUGGAACCUGUUCCGUUUGAAAGACAGACACAAGAAAUUCUCGACCAACUAAAAGCUCUAGCUCUUGAGUGCGAUCUCCUUUUCAUCAUCACCAGCCCUUUUCCUAACACACUGAAUAGGAACCCUGAAUCGCCUCCAAAAGUCCUGGUCUGUAUUGGGCGGCCUGGAGUCGGAAAGUCCUCUUAUGUGGAAGAUGUCUCCGGUUUACGUGGACAUCCGCAGCAGUCCCUUGACCCAGUGACUCAAACAUGUGAGCUUGCCAAAGUCAGAAUUGAAGACAAAGCUUGCUUCAUCAUCGACACUCCCGGCUUUGAUCCAGCAUAUACGGAAGAAAUAUUUCAAGAGAUUGUACGAGGUAUUCAAGCAAUACUAGAUAUUUCCCGAAUUGCAGGUUUCCUUUACUUCACUUGCAUCAACCAGCCACGCUUUGACUCGUUUGAUCACAAAGUUCUUCAGAUACUUCGUGCCAUGUCUGGAGAUGACUACAUUCCCUGCAUGACUUUCAUUACUACGUUCUGGACGACCGAUCGACCUUCACAGCAGGCCAAUUUCGCGACCCAACUUGAGGACCUGAAAGAUAAAUGGAGACAAGCAUUUGGAGCCCACGUGCUGCAUUUCUAUCAACACGGACGAGGACAUAACGCUGAAGGGGAGAUUACUGAAUCCUUCAUCGAUUGGUUUGAUGAUUCCGGUCGAAAACAGAUUGCGCAGCAUGCCAGGGAGAUGAUCAUGAGACGGUACUGUGGCACAAAUGCAUCGGAAACCCAAGAAAUCACCCCAAAAAUAGUCGAGGAACUCAGAUGUGGUACCCCCGUUCAUGAGACAGCUGCCGGGAGGUUUCUUGGGUUGCAAUCUGCCCCUUCUAGCACGGGACCAUUACCUACAUCCAACGAACAGCAUCGAGGAGACAUCAACCAACAGAGGUCGAGCGCUAGUUGUGAUUCAAAUGCUGAAUCAUCUUGUCAAGAGAAUCAAAGUACGGGCUCGCGAGGUAUUCCCCGAAAUCAUCAAGGCAGCCCAGAGACUCCUCAAGCGCCCGAAACAAGUUUGUUUCAGACAAUACUUGAAGGAGCCUCUUGGUUCUUCCGAAAUGUACAAUUCAAUGUCAAUGUUGGCAGCUCGGGGGGAGCCGAGAGGGCAGAUUACAAUAUGCUCGGGAACGCGGAAUCGGGGGUCAGCCUUUCUCUGCGGCAUGGGGUGAAGCUAUUCGCCGAGAAGUUCUUCAACAAAACAGAUGAACGCUACCUUCGAUGUCCAAAGGCACUAUCCCGAGCAAGCAACUUGAUAGAUUCAGCAGCUAUUGACAAGGAGAGAAGGGGCAACAACUGA